GCGGCCCCCGGUUGGAUGCCCGCCCCGGACGGCGCCUAUGCCGAGUUUCUGGCCGCGGCCGCGGCGGUGCCGGAGGCGCUACCGAGGCCAAUACCCCUGGAGCGCGACCUACGCGUGGUAUUGAACCUUCCGAAGCAGGAAGCCGAGAAGGAAGUGGUGGUG